CAUGUCGGACCCAACCUAACAAAACAAAUUAUUCCCCCUCUCUCUCUCUAUUGCUCUAUAGUCUGAAACCAGUAGUGGGAGUAGCUAGUACUGCAGUACCAUUUCAUCCAUUAAUUCCAUAACGCGAUGAGACUGAACGGCGACGUUCCACCGACAGCAUUACCAGUACCUUCGUCAGCAGCAACGGUGAAGAAAGAUAGCUCAGAGGCUGGCCUCUUCGGUCGGAGCCGCUCCUACAAGUUCUGGGCCCUGGCGGCAAUUACUCUCCUCGCUGUCUGGUCCAUGUUCACCGGCUCCCUCACUCUCAAAUGGUCCGCCGGUAACCUCACGCACUUCUCCGACGGCGCCGACUCUCUCGUCCUCGACGAUCUUGAUAUUCUGGAAGUGGAGGAGAGAGAGAAGGUGGUGAGGCACAUGUGGGGCGUGUACACGCAGAGCAAGAGUACGAGAUUGCCUAGGUUUUGGCUGGAGGCCUUUGAAGCUGCUUACGAGCAUUUGGCUAGUGAUGUUCAGGGCGUCCGAGACGCCGCUGUUUCGGAAAUCGCAAAGAUGUCCAUGCGCUCCCUCCGUCUCGACCCGCUUCCUACUCACUCUAAGGGUUCUAAAGGAUCAAGAAAGAGUCUAAAGCAAGCAAAAAAAAGGAAAGGAGGUAGUAACUACAGUUGGGAGUAGCUGAUAACUGAAAAUCUUCCUUGUAUUUGUUUAUGCCAUUUCCUGCUUGAAGUGAGCAGAAGAUGGUGAUGAGCUGGAGUAAUACACAAUCUAUUAUAUUACAACAAACAAAUCAGUUUACAUGCUUUAGCUAAAGGACCUUGCAAAAGUCAAAACUGUUUGUAUAGGUCGCCAUUUCAAAUAAGCCCAUGAAAUUGUGGGUUGUAAUUUCUUGUAUUAUUGAAGGAUAUUAGAUGACUUUCUAUAUAUGAUGGUUUGUAAAAUCCCAUGAUACUAUAAAUAAAGCAUAAGAUAAAGAGAUCAUAAAAAGUUCUUACUGCUCGUAGUGCAGGGAAUGUAAUUUUGCUCAUGCAGUUAUGCUACCUUUUCCUUUUCUAUCACUUCGAUUCACGGACUUCA